AUGUCUGAGGAAGAUAAAAUUGAAGACUUUGCAUGUGUAGAAGAAUCUCCCAAAAGAGGACCAACUCUUUCUACUAGCACCAGUAGUUUUGAACGUAAUGAUCCUCAUGAUCCUAAUUUAAGCUUAUUAUCCACUAAAAUGUUUGAAAAAACAUCUGAAUAUUUGAUGGGAGAACUUAAUAUUACUGAGGAGGAUUAUAAAUUAUUGGAAACCAUGAAUAAAGUCACCAUGCAAAAAUAUGCAUCUUAUAGACAAAUUGCUUCAGAUGUUGGCAAACAAAUCAUUGAACUAAAUGAAAAAUAUAAAUCAUUAGAACCAUACCUUUCUCAAAUUGACCAGAUUGAAGAUAGUGUUUCAAAGCUAGAACAAGCAGCGUUUAAGUUGGAUGCAUAUGCCAAGAGAUUGGAAGCAAAAUACAAAAGUUUAGAAAAACGACAAUAA